GCGAGCAGAAUCUUCUGGGUUGGCACCAAUCGCCCCUCGGCGAAAUCCCCUCAGAAAUAACGCAGCGGCGCGGGAACCAGCAGCCCCGCGAGCCCCGCGCGACGGGAGGCAGGUCGGAGAGGAGGAGAGGAAACGGUGGCGGCGGUGCCCCGCUCUUGCCAGGGGGCGCCUGGAGGAUGGGAGCAAGCAGCCGCGCCGAACCAAAGGGUGGCAGCAGCCCCAGCAAGCCGGGAGCUGCCUGGGCAGCCGCUUGAUUUCCCUUCGGCGGGGAGAAGGAGGAAAGAAGAGGUGGCGGCGGCAGAGGCAGCGGCGCCUUCUAGCUCUCCGGCUUCAGCGUCGGAGCUGCCGCCGCCGCCCUGAGAGCGAGGAGGAGCCAAGCCGCGGCUGGCAUGGAGCGGAAGAGCCCCGCUACUGCGGGGAAGCAGAACCCGGGCAGCCGGGCACCAGGGGACGGGCACUGCGCUCAGGGCAGCGGCGGGACAGCGGCGGCCGCCCAGCAUCGGAGCAGCGGCUGCGGCCAGCUCUCCGCGCCCACCGCCGCGUCUCCGGCUGCAGAGCCGGAGCAGCUGAUCCGGAGAGCGCUGGAUUUUAAAAGCCAAGGCGCUCAGUGCUACAAGGAAAAGAAAUGCCGGGAAGCCAUCGGCAAGUAUCACAGGGCGCUGCUGGAGCUGAAGGGACUGUUGUUGGCCCAGGAAGACGCCGAGGACGCCACUUCGGCCGCUUCGACCGCGGGGGCUACCGGCCUGGCCAAACUCUCCGAUGAACAGAGGCAACUGCUGGACAGCAUCGAAAUCGACUGUUACAACAGCCUGGCAGCCUGCCUACUUCAAGCUGAGCUGGUGAAUUAUGAGCGGGUCAAAGAAUAUUGCCUGAAAGUACUGAAGAAAGAAGGGGAGAACUUCAAGGCACUCUACCGGUCAGGAGUAGCAUUCUAUCACCUUGGAGACUACAACAAGGCCCUUUACUACUUGAAAGAAGCAAGGUCUCGACAGCCAACAGAUACCAAUGUUGUACGGUACAUCCAGUUGACAGAAAUGAAGCUUAGCAGAUGUUCCCAGAGGGAAAAGGAAACAUUGUAAGAAGAAACCCAGUUCUGUGGGCCUGAAUGGACAUGUCCUCCGCCAAACGAUCACCGGGUGAAUUGUCCUUCCCAUUGGCUUCACAUUAGACUGACAAGUUUUCUCUCCUCUCCUGAUGUUACUUUUGAACUAAGAAGAGAUCCUGGAUCUAGCUUUGGCUAUUUGCUGGUUUAGUGAUAACAUUCUAGUCCUCCUAGCACAAUUGCUCUGGGAAUUUGGAUGAAGAGAGCAAUAGAAAAGGAUUCACUUUGCCUUGUGCUUAUAUUCUGCUACUUUUGUCACAGCAGCCUUCCAGAGAUCCUCCUUUUCUCUUCAAAUACAAAGACAAUAGCUAAUGAAGAAAAAAUAUAUAUAAUGAAAGUCCCUUGUAGUACAUUUUACGUAGUACAGAAUGUUCAACAAAGUUGAGAGUCUGGGCAUGGGAUAGUAUCUAAAUGAGAAUGUGAAAGAUGCUGUUCUAUAUGGGGAUGAAAACUGGAACAAUUACUUAAUAUCAAAUAUAUGUUGUUAACAGGCAACAACCCCACAUAUUAUUUCUUAGAAGGCAUGGCUGGGCUCUAAUACAUAAGGGGGAAGCAUGAUUUUAUAAUUAGUUUUCAGAUUAUAGAAAUUGAAGCACUGAAUUAUGGGCUUGCCACCAUCUUAAUAUAUACCUUAACUUUUCUGUGCCUCAGUUUUUCCAUCUGUAUAGAGGGAACAAAAAUGUCUCCCUACCUCACAGGGGGUGUUGUGAGAAUUUGUUAACUAAUAUUUGUACAGUGCUAAAUUAUAUUACUGGU